AUGAGGUCAUACACCACUGUAUUGGCCGGGGGGGGGGGCGGCGUCGCAACAGUGAUGAGGGGGACAGAGGACAGACUGGACACAGAUGAACUGAUCAGCAGAAGAAAUGACACCUCACUGCAAGACACAGUGACUACCACCACAGCUGCAAAAGAAGCAGGAGAAGAAGAAGGUGUGACAAUGAGAGCAGUGCUCCCGCGGCUCAUUGACACUGCUGCCUUCACCUUCAACCUGGCUUUCUUGGUGGUCACAGAGGCCGCCGCUGCACCAUGA